AUGACGACCUCAACACUCCUCUCCCGUUCGGGGUCACGUCUACUCCAACAGUCUACACCUAGCUCCAGAAUCAGCCGGAUCGCGUUGCAAAGACUGCAAAAUGGAGCAGGAUCCCAACCUUUCCCCUAUUUGUCCGUCCUCGGUCGUUACUAUACAUCCAAAUCAUUUCCUCCUCACACUGUGAUUACUAUGCCCGCGCUCUCACCCACGAUGACAUCCGGAAACAUCGGAGCAUGGCAAAAGAAGGCCGGAGACACUUUAUCACCGGGAGAUGUGCUGGUUGAGAUCGAAACGGACAAAGCCCAGAUGGAUUUCGAGUUCCAAGAAGAAGGUAUAUUGGCGAAGAUUCUGAAAGAGUCCGGAGAAAAGGAUGUCGCCGUUGGAAACCCAAUUGCCGUGAUGGUCGAUGAAGGGACAGACAUCUCAGGAUUUGAGUCCUUCACCCUUGAAGACGCCGGCGGCGAGAAAGCCCCUCCCAAGGAGCAACCAAAGGAGGAGGCCGCCGAGGCCACAGAAAAGGCCGAUUCAGGUGCAGGCACAGCACCCCCGAGUGAUGUCAAGCCCUCGGCGCCAAAAGCCGUGGAAUCCGACUCUACAGGUGGGAAAUUGGAGACUGCGCUCGACAGAGAACCGAGCAUCAGCCCUGCCGCAAGAAAGGCUGCUCUCGAAAAGGGCGUUCCAUUGAAAGCGCUCAAAGGCACCGGUCCCGGUGGCCGUAUAACAUUGGCCGAUGUCGAGAAAUACAAACCCGCAGCAGGAGGAGCUACCGCUGCCGCCGCCGGCGGCCCAACCUAUGAGGACAUUCCUGCCAGCGCAAUGAGAAAGACAAUUGCUACCCGACUCCGCGAAUCCAUGAACCAAAAUCCUCAUUACUUCGUGUCGGCCACACUGUCGGUAACGAAAUUGCUCAAGCUGAGGGAAGCACUCAAUGCUUCAGCUGAUGGCAAGUAUAAACUCUCGGUCAACGAUUUCUUGAUCAAGGCCUGUGCAGUUGCCUGCAGAAAGGUUCCAACCGUCAACUCCAGCUGGAGGGAAGAAGGCGGCCAGUCGAUCAUCCGCCAGCACAAUACUGUGGACGUAAGCGUGGCUGUCGCUACUCCUGUUGGUUUGAUGACUCCCAUUGUCAGGAAUGCCGAUAGCAUUGGCCUAUCCACAAUUUCCUCUGCAGUCAAGGACCUCGGAAAGAGGGCACGGGACGGCAAGCUCAAGCCCGAAGAAUACCAAGGAGGUACAUUUACGAUCAGCAAUAUUGGCAUGAACCCUGCUGUGGAGCGAUUCACUGCCGUGAUCAAUCCGCCUCAGGCAGCAAUUCUUGCCGUGGGAACUAACCGCAAGGUCGCCAUUCCUAUUGAAACCGAAGAGGGCACAGUCACUGAAUGGGAUGACCAGAUCGUCGUCACUGCUAGCUUCGACCACAAGGUCGUGGACGGUGCUGUGGGGGGUGAAUGGAUCCGGGAACUGAAGAAGGUGGUGGAGAAUCCUUUGGAGAUGAUGCUGUGA